AGUCGAUCGCCGACGCCGCUCAGGGCGAGUUGUUGCACGUCCCCGGCGCCGGCCGCGACGCGUUUUCCGCCCCCUCGAGACGCCGAAAUCGCGUGCGCGCUCACACACCGCGCGCGCGGCGCCCGAAAUACCUUCCCGCCCAACUUAAAUAAUAAUAGUUUAUUUAUAGCCGCCGGCGCACGCGGCCGCCACCGCCGCCACACACACUGAUCGUGUCUCUUUACAAAGCGUAUCGCGACGCUCAACUUUUCGCAACUUUUUUUCAAUUGCAAACCACAAAAAAGUUCAACAAGUGAAGAAGUUAACUUUUACAUCAGAAAAACAAAAAUAAACAAAAUAAAAAGUUUGUGUUUGAUCUUUGAUUAAUCAGUGUUUGGAGUAAUCAAGUGUCAUCAACAGUGAUGAUGAUUAAUUCUCACUUGGAUUUAAUUGCAUUCGGGAUUUCUCCGUGGAAAUUUCAAGAGUUUUCACCUUAAUAUCAGAUUGCUCAACCGACAGUAAAUCACGCAGCACCGCCAACAAAAGCUCGCACACGUGCAGGAGUAUCACAAAGACUCAGCGUGAACCACUGAAUCACCUUAUUACUUAUUGGGAUCCCGCGAUAUUGGACACCGCAAGAUGACAAAUCGUCGAUGCAGCUGAAAUAGAAAACGCAGCCACACUCACACUCCACACCAGUCAAUGCUCAGUGCUCGCCGCGUUAAAUUGUAAAUUCAUGGAGAAUAAAAGCUCGCGCAUAUUUGAAUAUUUGAACUGGACUCGUGAAACACUCUUUACUUCCGACCGCGUCGGUAAAGCAGUGCGCGGUUUUUUUUCGCGCGCAAAAUAAGUUGUCAAACAAAAGUCUUCAGUGCGAAAGGUGUGCGUAGGAAGAAGCAGUGUGAUCUCACGACAGCAAACAAGCUGCCAUGUGAAAAGUGCUUCGCCGAAGGUGGUUUUCGCUGUGAAAAUUCGAGGAUUACGGAUUAACGCCGCGCAAGAUGCCGUGCAAGAAUCAGUAUGAUCUGGUGCAGAACGACGAGUACGACACACGUAUUCCUGUCUAUCCAGAGGAGGCUUUCAUGCAUGGCAUUACAUUUCAAGCUAAGUUUAUUGGCUGUUUGGAUGUGCCACGACCGACGAGUCGCGUCGAAAUUGUUUCAGCGAUGCGUCGGAUACGGUAUGAAUUCAAAACAAAACGGAUUAAGAAGAAGAAGGUGACGAUCAAAGUUUCCCGGGACGGCGUCGAAGUUACUUUACGUAAAAAGAAAAAGCGAAAACACUGGCUGGACGAAUCAGUAUUAAUGUCGAAUCCGAUUUAUCGGAUAUUCUACGUGUCGCACGACUCUCAGGACCUCAAGAUCUUCAGUUAUAUUGCACGAGAUGGCUCUUCGGAUGUUUUCAAGUGUGCUGUAUUUAAAUCUAAUAAAAAGAGUCAAGCGAUGACUGUUGUGCGGACUGUGGGGCAGGCGUUCGAAGUGUGCCAUAAAUGGGCCAUCACCGAGCCGAAGAGUAAUGACAACGCAGAUGAACAGGAUACGUUGACGCAAGACUUGGUUAGUGACCGACUGAGCGACAUUACUAGUGACAAACCCAAAAAAGACGUAUAUUCCGAAGGUGCAAGUGAUAAAUUGUCCCUACCGGAUGAUGAUAGCUUCAAAGAUCUAAAUUCUUUGACGGAUAACAAUAACAAAGCGAAUAAGCAACAACAACAACAUUUAGGUAACGGAAAAGAGGCGUUACCUUCACCACCAACAAAUCAAAUGCAAUUUGUGAGAAAAUCAGCUGUAACGUCGGCUGAAACGUAUGUGGCUCCGCACUGCGAUGGCCCUCUAACGGCAGGUAGCGGCAGCGGCGGUAGUUCAUCCAUUCCAGCGGCCGGAAGCGCCAUCUCCGUCCAUCAUGAACUACAGUUGUUGCGUGAACAACUUGAUCAACAAAGUCAACAAACACAAGCCGCAUGCGCACAACUGCAACUAGCCAGGGAACAAUUGGCUGCUGAGCAGAGUGCACGAAUGGAGGCACAAGCGAGAACCCACCAGUUGCUCGUUCAUAAUCGUGAGUUAUUAGAUCACAUCGCCGCAUUGGUGGCGCAUCUCCAAGGCAGCGAUAAAGCCGCUAAUCUACCGCAAAGUUCUCCACAUCUCACCAUGCCUCAGCAAUCACAUCAGGGGUUGGUCGAUGGUGGUGUCUAUCAUGACCCAGACGCUAAUUCCAUGGAUCACAGUCCUGUAUUAGCGGCAGCUCUCGGACUCAACCCCCAAGGACUGAUUGAAAACCGUGCGGUAACAUCAGUCCUCCCAGCGUCACCUCUACGCACCACUUUUAAUCCCGGAACCGGGGGAGUGUUUAAUUUCGCAUCACAACCAACACAAUCUCCUGGUCAAUUGGAUUUUGCUCUGGAAAGUCAACUCCUGCAACGUUUACAGGCGUUGAGUGGUUACACACCUCCGAAUUACUACAAUCAGAACCUCGCUUUUCUUCCUAACCUCUACGCGAACCCCAUGGUGAAUAAUAAUUACACCCUACAAACACCCCCACAGAAAAAAUUCACUCCUUCACCUCUACCAGUACGGCAUUCGUUUCAAAGCAGUCCUGUAAUGGAUAAAAGGUUAAGCCCCGCGAGGAAUAACGAUGUCUAUCAAUCACAACAAAGUCUUUUGUAUCAAUCCCAACAAAACCUACAACAAGCUGGUGUUGGAGUUGGGGUUGGAGUGGGGGUAAAUUAUAGUGGGAGUAAUACUUCACCACAGAGACAACUCUCACAACAGAAUCUGAAUCAAAACAAUCAGAAUAAUAAUCUACAGAUUCUACAACAACAACAACAACAACAACAACAGCAACAACAACAGGUUAGGUCUGAUAGAAUGUCUGAACCUAGAUAUAUCAAACCCCUAAGUCAAAUGGGUACUUUAACCACAACAGACCCCAAUGGUCGUGUGAGGGUUAUAGUACCAAUUCCGUCUAACCAAUCAGAGGAUAGGUCUGACGCGGCGGACAUGUUGUCUGCGUUACGAUUGGGUUCUGCGAGUGGGCCAGGCAUCACACGCUCCACCAGCGAGAAAGUGCCCAAUCGCAGUGAGCUAAUGUCAGAGGUACAUCGAACUACAUGGGCGAGGCAUACUAUGAAAUAACCUAGUUUUAUCACCUCCUCCAUAACCUUAAAAAAUAUUUUAUAUUUAUAAAAUUGAAUUUCGACGAUUGAGAGUUAAAUAUUCAAUGUUACUAAAUUAUUAAAUUGUAUAUUAUGAUAUUAAAGAAAAAGGAUUGUGAUUUUAUCUUCGACGAAAACUCCAUGCAACAAAUUAUUAAUAAUAAUAAUGAAUGAAUGGCAUGGCAGAGGAGAGAAUUUGUUAUAAAUGGAGUUACGGAAUCGUUGAAGCGUCCAACCCUCUGAUUUUAAAUUAAUUAAGUCGCAUGUCUCGAGUUGUGAAUUUCCAUUUUCGGACGAAAUUUUCAUAUUCGAUGUUGGUUAACUCCUGAAAUGUCCCGAGGGUACGUUUAUUGCGUUUAUAUAUUUUAAAUUUGCAUCACUUUUCCGCGAAAAAAUUUUAAUUGUUAUGGUAGGCAACCCAGAUUACAAGCAAAGCCAAAAACGUAAAUUUCUUCUUAUGACGACUUUCAAUUACGUAGCGUAUAAAUACCGUAGUUAUAAACUAUCCUAAAAAUGUACAAAUGUAUAAAUAAACUAUGAUUCUGUUACGUUCAGGAUGUUUACAUGUUUGAAACAUCCUGUAUAUGAUGCCAAUUAAUGUAUAAAUAAAGCUAUAAAACAAA